CUGAGCAGUACGUCCGCGACCACUGUCAAUGACAGACGACAGUACUGCGAUCAUUUCUCUCGUGCACACAUUGCGUAAGGUUUGAGUAAACCAGGACCAAAUAAUACCUAAGUAUAAAUGGGGAAUCAUAGUUUAAAAAAAGUAAAGAAAAGGGAACGCUUACGUCAGAUGAGGCAGCGUAUUAUGCUAAACAUAAAUGGAAAACGGAAUAGGAAAGGACAUGAACAACUUAAUUCACAAGAUCAGGAACAUAAGCCCCUACCAACAAUUAUUGACCAUCUGCAUAAUCCUGUGAUAAUUGACGUGCAAUCAGUGCCAAGUUGGCUGAUCAACACCAAUAACAGUGUUGAAACUACGACGGAAACAACAGAUGAUAGAGAUCAAUAUGAAGUGAUUAUAAAAACAGAAGUAGAAUUAGACGAAGAAACCCCCAGCACCACUCAUGCAGAAGAAGAUGUUAAAAGAAAGUGGAAUCACACAUCGAAAUUGAACAGUCCUCAGGUGAUGAAAACACAAGAAGCUACAGACUCACCAGCUCGCAACACUAAUCAUGCAGAACAAGAUAUAGAGAGAAAGUGGAGUCACACAUCAGAAUUGAGCAGUCCUCAGGCGGUGAAAACAGAGGCAGCAUUAGACGCAGCAGCUCCCAAUACUAGUCAUGUAGAAAACGAUAUUAAAAAUACCUUUGAGUUAUCAAGCAUAAAGGUGGACCCGCAGGCGCUGGAGUGGAUGGAGAGGUUAUCCAAGCUGCCUCCACAACAGAGACUAUUGGCUGAAAAGGCAUUCAACGAUGUAAUACAUAGGGCUGAGCUUGGUAAACUACAUGAAGAAUGACUUGGAGUUAACAUUUAUGCAGAAGAGCGAAACUUUCGCAUAUUGAAAAGCAGUUUUUAACAAAAUACUCUGGAAAUUAUUUAAAAACACUAGCACUGCAGAAUAAUUAAUUCAACCCCAAAGCUAGACAUUUAUAUAUCCUACACCAUCCCCUCUACUUGCAUCUCACUUAACACCGCUAACACUGAUUUAUAUAUAUAUAUAUAUAUAUAUAUAUACACAUAUAUAGAUUGACCAUGGGAAAUGGAUUUUCUAGAUUCAGACCACAAACUUUCAAGAAUUGGCCUUGAGAUUUGUUAAUGGUCAUGGCGAAUGCAAAGCGGAUCGGAAAUUAAAGAUUUGCGGGCUAACUCGACAUGCAACAUGUUCAUGAAGUAGUUGCUGCAGAUCAUGAAGAAUUGCUGUUAUCAUUGCUGCAUUGAUCUCUUCAUGUCGUUGUUUCUGCCAUGGUACCCAUGAAAUAUAAUUGUUAAAAUUUAUGGUGUGCAUCUUCGAGAGAUUGCAGUGAUCCAAUUCGAUGGUGAAUCUGUCCUUGUAUCUACAAAAUCAAAAGCAAAGUCCGUAUUACUGAUUUGUAAACACUUAUUUUUAGAAUUAGCAUACAUGUUUAUUAAUUAGGAAUAAGUAUAGUAGGUAUGUUAUUCUUCUAGUAUUGUGUGUAAGAAUAUAAAUAAAUUAAUACCCUGGUUGUCGGAUUAAAUCGUCGUUCUUAGAUAAUGUCUGCCCCAAAUAAGGACAUUUGGAAACAAACAUUGUAUUUUUGAGUGUUUGCUAGAAAAUGUCGUGAUUCGGUAGUUUCCCACUAAGGCAGCACAAUCCUGGCGUUUCUCCGGAAAAUACUUGCAAACAACGUCCAUUGACUCAAUGUGAACGCUAGUAUGCAAGCGGUAAUCAGUACUGCAAUCGUAUCGAAACGCUGCUCGAUUCAAAUCAGUACUUCAUAAAUUUCUUCUUGUGCGCCGAAAAUUAUCUAGUUGUUGAUCUCUGAGGUUUACUGGCCGCCUCGCUUUGCUCUUGUGAUUCAGAAAUACAACGUCGAGCUCAUACUAACGCGGUGCUUUUUACCUGCAAUUUCUUGUUCUUCGUCAGUCCAAUUCGCAAUGUUUCGAAUCCUAGCAUUACGUCUAUGUAGGGAAAGAUGGCACAAUAAGCUAAUAGAAACUCGAAACAAACACACCAACCAGUCAACUUGAAUAACAUGACGUGCACUGACAGUUGUAUUUUAUUACUCAUGUAGCGUGAAACUAACAAAAAACUACAUUGAAUUCUUUCUAUUCUCGAGAUGUCAUGAAAAUGUUAAUCCAUAAAAAAUUAUGAGAAAUUAAAUAUUUUUAUAAUA